UCUUCUUCCAGUACCUCCGGGCGGGAACGUGGGGGUUCGGUGUCAUGCUGUCCUCAUCCACGCGGCCCGGGGGUCGGGUGGGGCAGGUGGCACUGCCUGAAUUUGACCUUAAAGCACAUCUAGGAGUUAGACAAGGAGAGGGGCGUGGUGGUGGGGGGGGAAGAAGGAUGUUCUAGGCAUGGGCGAAUCCCGGGAGAGGAUGGAGAGCUCAGUGAAAGGCGGAGCUCAGGGCACAGGACAAAGCUGCAGAGAAGGUAGAGCUACCGUCAGGGAAGCUUUUGAAAUAAUCCAAGCAAGUGAUAAUGCGGACUUGAAUUAAAACUCUGGGAGUAGGGAUGGCGAGGAAGGGACAAAUUGUACAGUGGUUAGGUGGUAUAAUUGACGUAGAGGGUGAUUGAACAUGACUCAAGAGCGUUGUUUCUACUGGAGACCAGUCCCUCCCAAGCAUUCUGGUUCCCGUCCCCUCUUGGUCCACUAACGCUUUCUCCUUGGUUAUUCACUGUUUCUAGUUCAUCUUCAACUUUUCUGAGUCCUUUUUAUUAUUAUUCAGAACUGUUUGCGUUUCUCCCGUCUUAAAAGAGGGAAAAUCUCCUUUGACUAUCUGCCAUUCUAUUACCCUUAAUUCAUUUAACAAGUAUUUAUUAUGUAUAGUUUACUUGGCACUGGUUCUGGGGACAACAGUCAACAGAAGAGACUCAGUCCUUGGACUCAUGUAGUUUUUUACAACAAGUGGGGGAAGCAGACACUGACCAGAAGAAUCACAAAUACAUGUGAAGUUAAAAUUGGAAGAAGAGCUGCAAUGGUGAAGUACAUGAGAGGGCCAUGAGGAAGCCACGAGCAGCCAUGGGAAGUGGUCACAGGAAGCAGGCAGCCAGCCAGGAGGGAAGGGAGAAAGAUGCCCUCAGCAGCCAGGCCAAGCCUUCUGGCCCUGAUGGUCUGGCCAGGCAGCCUGAAGAGGUGGUAUUGCAGGCCUCCAUCUCCCCAUACCAUCUAUUCAGAGACACAGCUGAAGUCAUAGCCUUCCGGGAGAAACUGCUGAGUUGGUACGACCGAGAGAAGCGGGACCUACCCUGGAGAAGACGGGCGGAGGAUGAGGUGGACCUGGACAGGCGGGCAUAUGCUGAAGUGGCCUACACUGCAGGACCUGGCCAAUGCUUCCCUGGAGGAGGUGAACCAGCUCUGGGCUGGCCUGGGCUACUAUUCUCGAGGCCGGCGACUGCAGGAGGGAGCUCGGAAGGUGGUAGAGGAGCUAGGGGGUCACAUGCCACGUACAGCAGAGACUCUGCAGCGGCUCCUGCCUGGCGUGGGACGGUACACAGCUGGGGCCAUUGCUUCCAUUGCCUUUGGCCAGCCGGUGUGGUGGAUGGGAAUGUGGUACGGGUGCUGUGCCGUGUUCGAGCCAUUGGUGCUGAUCCCAGCAACACCGUUAUCUCCCAGCAGCUCUGGAGUUUAGCCCAGCAAUUGGUGGACCCAGCCCGGCCCGGGGACUUCAACCAAGCAGCCAUGGAGCUGGGGGCCACAGUGUGUACCCCGCAGCGUCCACACUGCAGCCAGUGUCCUGUGCAGAGCCUGUGCCGGGCACACCAGAGAGUGGAGCGGGAGCAGCUCUCAGCCUCAUGGAGCCUCCUGGGCAGUCCUGACGUGGAGGAGUGUGCUCCCACCACUGGACAGUGCCAGCUGUGCCUGCCUACCACAGAGCCUUGGGACUGGACGCUGGGAGUAGCCAACUUUCCCCGAAAGGCCAGCCGCAGGCCCCCCAGGGAGGAAUGCUCGGCUACCUGCGUUCUGGAGCAGCCCAGGGCCCUUGGGGGUGCCCGAAUUCUGCUGGUACAGAGGCCCAAGUCAGGUCUGCUGGCAGGACUGUGGGAGUUCCCAUCUGUGACCUUGGAGCCCUCAGAGAAGCAUCAGUACAAGGCCCUGCUGCAGGAACUGCAGAGUUGGGCUGGGCCCCUCCCAGCCGCCCACCUCCGGCACCUUGGGGAGGUGGUCCACAUCUUCUCUCACAUCAAGCUGACAUACCAAGUAUAUGGUCUGGCCCUGGAGGGGCAGACCCCAGUGACCACCACACCACCUGGCGCGCGCUGGCUGACACGGGAGGAAUUUCACACCGCAGCUGUCUCCACUGCCAUGAAAAAGGUGUUCCGUGUAUAUGAGGGCCAACAGCCAGGGACCUGCAAGGGUUCCAAAAGGUCCCGGGUGUCCACUCCAUCCAGCCGGAAAAAGACCAGCCGGGGCCAGCAAAUCCUGGAUAGUUUCUUUCAGCCCCUUGUCUCCACUGAUGCACCCAUCCCCAACAGUGUAACCGAGUGACACCUCUGGAAGACCCCACCACCUGAGAAUCCUGCUGUUAAUAAAGUGCUUAUUUUUGUAGUCA